AUAUUUAUAUUUUACUUAUUUCAUCGGAAGAGCUCCCACCAUUUAGUCGUUGUCCUUUCACUCUCCUCGCCGGAAUUUCCAACGAUCUUCCCGGAGGGAAACGUUCUCCGGCGUUUCCCGAUUUCUCCGGAUCCGAUUUAUUCAUCGAAUCUCGUUAUCGAUUGUUUUUGUUUCGCGUUUCUCUUUUCCCCCUUUUGGUAUUACCCACUCACCUUUGCCUUUUUUCUUCUUUCCAUCUGACUUCAAUUUCUUCUUCUCUUUCCCCAAUUCCCUUUCCCUAUUUCUCAAUGGACGACUGUUUAAGCAGCGAUGAGGACUAUUAUGACUCCGAUCGAGACUCUCUUCAUGGUAUUGAGAACGAGGACUCUGAAAUUCAGUGGGUUCCUAAAGCUCCCGCGACUAAGGUUAUUACGAAGGAAUCUCUCCUUGCGGCACAGAAGGAGGACAUGCGUAGAGUGAUGGACUUGCUAUCGUUGAGGGAAUACCAUGCUCGGACCUUACUCAUUCAUUACCGAUGGGAUGUAGAGAAAUUGUUUGCAGUACUUGUGGAGAAAGGGAAAAGUCAUUUGUUUGCUACAGCUGGUGUUAGUAUGAUUGAGAAUCGAAGUAAUAGUUCCUCUGAGCCUUCUUCCAUGGUGAUGUGUGAUAUCUGCAUGGAGGAAGUACAUGGCAAUGAUGCAACGAGAGUGGAUUGUGAUCAUUGCUUUUGUAAUAACUGUUGGACUGAACAUUUCAUUGUGAAAAUAAACGAGGGUCAAAGUCGGAGAAUCAGAUGCAUGGCCCACAAAUGUAAUGCGAUUUGCGAUGAAGCUGUUGUUAGGAAUUUAGUUAGUAAAAGGCAUCCAGAUCUUGCUAAUAAAUUUGAUCGUUUUCUUCUUGAGUCAUACAUUGAGGAUAACAAAAGAGUCAAGUGGUGUCCGAGUACUCCUCAUUGUGGCAAUGCUAUACGCGUGGAGGAUGAUGAGUUUUGUGAAGUAGAAUGUUCGUGUGGUCUUCAGUUUUGUUUCAGUUGCUUAUCAGAAGCUCACUCACCGUGUUCAUGUUUGAUGUGGGAACUUUGGAUUAAGAAGUGUCGAGAUGAAUCUGAAACUGUUAACUGGAUUACAGUACAUACAAAGCCCUGCCCAAAAUGCCAUAAGCCUGUCGAGAAGAAUGGAGGUUGUAACCUCGUCAGCUGCAUCUGUGGUCAGGCAUUUUGUUGGCUGUGUGGUGGAGCCACGGGUCGGGAGCACACUUGGUCGAGUAUUUCUGGUCAUAGUUGUGGGCGUUACAAAGAAGAAUCAGAACAGAAAGCUGAGCGAGCAAAACGGGAUUUGUAUAGGUAUAUGCACUAUCAUAAUCGGUACAAAGCUCAUACAGAUUCUUUUAAGCUUGAAAGCAAAUUGAAGGAAUCUAUACAAGAGAAGAUCUCAAUUUCGGAAGAGAGGGAAUCCAUGCUCAGAGAUUUUAGUUGGGUAAACAAUGGACUGUCUAGACUUUUCAGAUCAAGGCGGGUUCUAUCUUACUCUUACCCAUUUGCAUUCUAUAUGUUUGGGGAUGAGCUAUUCAAAGAUGAGAUGACUGAGGCGGAAAGAGAGAUAAAGCAGCAUCUAUUUGAGGACCAGCAACAGCAACUUGAGGCAAAUGUUGAGAAGCUCUCCAAGUUUUUGGAGGAGCCAUUCGAUCAAUAUACUAAAGAUAGGGUAAUGGAGAUACGGAUGCAAGUCAUCAAUUUAUCGGUUAUCACUGAUACCCUCUGCAAGAAGAUGUAUGACUGUAUUGAGAAUGAUCUUCUGGGCUCUCUAGAACUGGGUAUCCACAAUAUUGCUCCUUACAAGUCGAAGGGCAUCGAGAAGGCACUGGAGCUUUCUGCUUGUUGGAACAGCAAAGCAAAUACUUCAGACAAAUAUCCACCAUCAGACUGUGGUACAAGUGGUAAAGUGGAGAGAGGAUUGUCGGAAUGCGAACGAUUGACUAGCUUGAAUUCCGAGGAGAAUGGAUGCUCUUCUAGGAAGCGUGCCAGAGCAGAAGUUGUUACUGGCAACUUUUUUGAUCUUAACUUGCCUGCUGAGGUUGUUGAUAGAAACUGAUCUCUGGAAGUUGCGUGGUUAUAAAGUACAGUUGUACAGAUCUGACAUAAAACAUUAGCUUCGUCGUUAGCAUGGGGACAAGCAAUCAAGGAUUAGUAGCCCUAGAGGUGCUUUUUAACUCUUUUUUACUCUUUGUUCAUCAUGUUUCGUCUCAGGUUGAAUAUAUUGUCUUCGGCUGAGCCUAUAUUUUGAAAGAGAAUCUCUUUUAAGUUCACGUUCUUUAUUUCCAUUUUGCUUUUGAAAAUCCGCAAAUUGUACAUAGCCGUGAUGUCAGGCUUUGAUGGUAUUGGGAAUGUAAAUGCUUGAUUCUCAGCCUGAGACAGACAACAGAGUAUGCAUUUUCUGAUUGUCUAAUAUUUUCUUUGGCUGGAAGUAAAA